UAUGGAGUAGUUUUUUCUUUUUUUAGAGAGAGAAAAAGCAGUCAAAAAAAUGAAAAAACCUUUCUUUCGCUUUCUAAUUCCAUUCAAGUGCCUUUCCUUCUUAAUCAUCCUACCUACAUGUUACCCAAUAUCGGCUCCGGUGACUCGUUCGGAAUCUAAGCUGAGUUCUCUAACUCGGGAGCUGCUGGAUUCCGCGAGAGAGCCCGAGUUCUUCGAUUGGUUAAAAAGGGUUAGGAGGAAAAUCCAUGAGUACCCAGAGCUGGCCUUUGAAGAAUACAACACGAGUGAAAUCAUAAGAUCGGAGCUUCAGUCGCUUGGAAUUGAGUAUAUUUGGCCUAUCGCGAAGACUGGGGUGGUGGGUUCGAUUGGGUCAGGGAUGGAGCCAUGGUUCGGUCUUAGAGCAGACAUGGACGCCCUUCCCAUUCAGGAAUUGGUGGAGUGGGAGUACAAGAGCAAGAACAAUGGCAAAAUGCACGCUUGUGGCCAUGACGCUCAUGUCACAAUGCUGCUUGGAGCAGCAAAGUUACUUCAACGCUGGAAGGAUGAAUUAAAGGGUACUGUCAAGCUUGUCUUCCAACCUGCAGAAGAAGGUAGUGCUGGUGCUUACCAUAUGUUGAAAGAAGGAGCUCUUGAUAAGUUCCAAGCCAUUUUUGGACUCCAUGUUGAACCAGAAAUGCCUGUUGGUUCAAUUGCUUCUAGACCUGGUACAAUGGCUGCUGGUUCUGCUAGGUUCUUCGCUGUCAUUAAAGGGAAGGGAGGACAUGCUGCACGGCCCCAAGAUACAAGAGAUCCCGUUCUUGCUGCAUCCUUUGCCAUCCUUGCACUUCAACAAUUAAUUUCUCGAGAGACAGAUCCUCUUGAUGCCAGGGUACUCUCACUGGGGUUUGUUGAGGCUGGCCAAGCUGGGAAUGUAAUCCCAGAGACGGUGAAAUUUGGAGGUACCAUUCGGAGCUUAACAACUGAAGGUCUAUCCUAUCUUCAACAAAGGAUAAAGGAGGUUUUGGAGAAUCAAGCAGCUGUUCUUCAAUGCACUGCUUCAGUAGACUUCAUGGAAGAAACAAUGAGGCCAUAUCCAGCCACAGUAAAUGAUGAAGCUAUGUAUGAACAUGUCAAGCAAGUUGGGGAAGUUUUGCUUGGCGAAUCCAAUGUGCAAGUUAUGCCCGCCAUUAUGGGGUCAGAGGAUUUUAGCUUUUAUGCACAGAAGAUGAAAGCUGCAUUUUUCAUUAUCGGAGUACGGAACAAAAAUGAAAAAUCAGUUAAGAGACUGCACACACCAUAUUUUUUUCUUGAUGAGGAAGUCCUUCCCAUUGGAGCUGCACUCCAUGCUGCAGUUGCCAUUUCUUACUUGGAUACUACUGGUGUUGAGACACACUAGGACCUGCUUUUCUGUUCACUCACCCCUUAUGUGAUUAGAAAAAUAAAAAAUAGCAUGCAUUUCUAUUGUCGAGUA